GUACACGUAUUCCUCCGCGCGCCCCUGUUGUCUGUCUCCCUCUCCUUCGACCAAACCUCCCACCUCGCCGCCCGAUCCGACCCGCCGGCGACCCGCCGCCGCUCUCGAGCGUCGCCGAUCUGCAGCGCAGAUCCCGCACGAGGUUUGCUCACCUCAUCAACUCGCUGGCGCAGAAUCGCCACGCCUAGCCAGCUCUUGAAUUUUAGCGCACGCGGAUCUGGUGGGAGGAGCCCGCGGGUGCUGCUGCCUCGGCGAUGUCGAGGGUCCGGGACAGGACGGAGGACUUCAAGGAGUCCGUUCGCGUCGCCGCGCUCUCCCAUGGCUACACGGAGUCGCAAUUGGCCGCGCUCAUGUCGUCCUUCAUCAUCCGGAAGCCGUCGCCCAAAUCGCCGUUUAUAAAUGCAGCAGUCAAGACGCUUGAGAGCAUCAGGGAACUCGAGAAGUUCAUAGUGAAGCACAGGAGGGACUAUGUGGACAUGCAUCGCACCACGGAGCAAGAGAGGGACACCAUUGAGCAUGAAGUUGGUGUUUUUGUAAAAGCAUGCAAGGAACAGAUAGAUAUCCUAAAGAACAGGAUCCAUGAAGACGAGAGGAAUAGAAGAGCUAACACAUGGCUUGGCACAAGAGAUGAGACUUCCCGGUUGGACUUGAUAGCUCACCAGCAUGGUGUGGUUUUGAUUUUGAGUGAGCGUCUCCACUCAGUAACUGCACAAUUUGAUCGCCUUAGGUCCCUCCGCUUUCAAGAAGCUAUUAAUAGGGCGAUGCCAAGAAAGAAGAUUAAGAAGAGGCCAGAAAUAAAACCUACUGAACCAUCCAAGUCAAACCUUGUAUUGAAAUCUGAUGUCUCGAAGGUUGAAGAUCGGGAGGUAUCAACUGCGCCCUUAAGAGUUCAAGAACAACUCUUGGACGAUGAAACACGAGCUCUCCAGAUGGAGUUAACCAAUCUUCUUGAUACUGUCCAAGAAACGGAGACAAAGAUGAUAGAGAUGUCAGCACUUAAUCAUCUUAUGUCAACACAUGUUCUACAGCAAGCUCAACAGAUUCAAUAUUUAUAUGACCAGGCAGUGGAAGCAACAAAUAAUGUGGAGCGCGGAAACAAGGAGCUGUCGCAGGCGAUCCAGCGGAACAGCAGCAGUAGAACCUUUCUCCUGCUUUUCUUCUUUGUUCUCACUUUCUCUGUUCUGUUUCUUGACUGGUACAAAAACUGAAUUACCUCAUGUAAGCGUACUUCUUUUGACUGUGCAAUUGGAUUGAGCUAUUGACGCCUCGUCUCGGGAUUUUAA